AUAUAAAUACGGCUUAAUGCUUUAUAUCAUUUUUUAUUUUCUUUUCAGAUACAAGAUGAGGAUCAAAGGUUUUUGGGAGAUGAUUAUCAAACACUACAAAAGUUAUACGUUGAAUAAUACUACAGUCGUUAUCGAUGGUCAUUUUUUAUUUUACACCAUGUACCGGUCAUCAGGAUUACAAUACGUUUUAGGACCAGAGAGUGAUCGUUUCGCAAAGUACAUAAAAAAAUAUUUUGAAGUUUUUAAAAAAGCCAAUGUCAAGUGUCUGAUAGUGUUUAAGGGUGGCCACGAAAAUGAGGAAAUGCUUUAUAGAGGUGGUGUAAAAAGAACACUACCACGUGCAAACGGUUUUAUACUGGGUGGCGAUUAUGGGAACAGAAUCAAUCCCAUCUUAGCGAAAGAUAUUUUUUUACAAAGUUUAAGCGAAAUGAAUUUUAAGUGUAUUGUUUGCUGCAGGAAUGACAUUGUUGAAGAAUGCUCUGCUCUUGCACGCGAGUUCUCCUGCCCAGUGAUUAGCUAUAACAUAAAAUAUUGCUUUCUUGCGGAUACAUACAUAUCGUAUAACCCAACACGUAAUUUUAUAUCUGACAAAAAUGGAAACUUCGAGUUGCAAAUAUUUACACAGCCUAAGAGUAACUCAGUCGUGAAUUUUAUAAAUGAAAAUGAGUUUCAAAUUAAGGAUAAGGAUCCACUGUGGUUUGAAAAAGGCGUGUAUCUUCGCUUUAUCGAUAUUGAUUACAUAGAUCUUUAUUACUACAAGAUUGGUAAAGGUUCACAUUUAAUUGAAGAUUUUGAAGCGGACUCCUCGUGUCUUAUUUGUGUAGAUGUUAUAAAAUAUGCUUACGACUUACUAACAAAUUUCAAGGGUGAUGUAAUUACUUUUUGGGACGAUAAUUCACUCCAGUACGAGUUGUCAAUUAAAAAACCCGAGUAUGUAGCCGAUUUUUGCGUUUUUGAAAAUGGUUGGAACAACGUAAAAGUUUUAUUAUUAUUUGAGCAUUUUUUGGUCGAAACUCUUCAAUCUUUUCACUUUGAGGCCUUGGAAAGAGCUCCAGCCGACUCGAGGAUGCUUUUGAUUGUUUUGGUAUUUUUUACUCGCAAAAAGGUCGGAAAUUUUCAAGCGGAGAUAUACAGCAUAAUACUAUCGUAUGUGAUGCUUAAUGUUGUGGCUAAUAAAGUAAAUAUAGAAUUAAUCAGUAACGUACCAGAAAUUACACAGAAACCUUCACUAGACUUCACUACUGAUAAAGAUUCGGUGUUGAUUGAGGAUUGUAAAGUUGCAGCCGCUUUAACGAGAAAAUAUUUUGAAGUAAGCUUCAGAGAAUUGCAUUAUAUAUUUGAUCCUAAGAUCGCUCAUCCACUGGUAGAAUUCGAACGUUGCUUAAAAGAACUUAAUAGUUUGAAUAAACUGUGCGGUUCAUCAUAUGAUGCUACAGUGUAUAGUAGAACCUACAACGGAACAUUCGUGUAUAAAAUACUUCUCGACAUCAAAGAGAGCGGUGACGCCAAGGCAUUCAUCACAAAUUUAUUAAACCCCGCCGCAACUGUGUUGGCGUUUGUCGAAGGAAUGAUUGGGGUGUAUAACCGUAUCUUGUAUGAAUUUUAAUGAAUAUUACUUAUGUUAUUUUAAAAAAGGGAUAUUUUAAGUUUUUUAUUUUUCAAACUUACUCUAUUAAAAAUCAUAUAUAUCUAUGUUGAAUAACUGACUCAUGUUUUAUUGUUUCAAUAUUGUAAUAUUUUAUAAAAACGUUUAUUAGAUGUUAAAAAGGGGUGUUUUUCAGACAUG